CAUGUUUCGAUCUUUCGUACAGUCUAAACGGCGUCUGAUCGGUGUCAUUUACUGCAUGCAUUAAUCAAUCAAUCCGGUAAUUAUCACUCUUUUAUCUCCAUCGUUGUACAUUUUUCAGCAUGAGUUCUCUCACGUUGUGUUUUUGGAUUCGAAACUUAUUACAGAAGCUAAGAAUUAACUGUUCUGCUAUCAUUUUAACUAAUAGGUUUUAAGGUAAUAAUAACUUGUGUCACAGGUCAGGUUAAGCCCUGUAAUGGCUGAUUCUAUGCAAACCAGCUUUCACAAGACACCAGGUUAUUCAGGAGGAGCUCUUCGUGAAAGGAUUGAAGCGAGAUCCGGGUUUAGUGCACCAAGUUUAAACACUGAAGAUAUUUUUCAGUCAACAUGUUUAACCAUCUCUUCUCCUGGUGUUAGUCCUGCAACUCUGUUAGAGUCUCCUGUUUUCCUCUCAAACCCAUUGCCAUCUCCAACAACUGGGAAGUUCUUAUCACUACCUUCUGAUAAGGCUAAAGAUGAGUUAUUUGACGACAUUACCACAUCCCUGGCCUUCCAAUCCAUUUCAGGAAGUAGCCUUGAUCCUACAAACAUCGGUUUAGAACCCGAUGACUCCCAAGACUAUGAGAAACGACAGCUAGGCGGUUUAGGAGACUCGAUGGCUAGUGGUGCACCUGCAGAUGAUGGAUACAACUGGAGAAAAUACGGACAGAAGCUAGUUAAAGGAAGUGAGUAUCCACGGAGUUAUUACAAGUGCACGCACCCGAAUUGUGAGGUCAAGAAGAAGGUUGAACGGUCUCGGGAGGGUCAUAUUAUAGAGAUCAUAUACGCGGGAUCUCAUAAUCACCCCAAACCUCCACCUAACCGCCGCUCAGGGAUUGGAACCGAACAAGAAGGUUUUGCUGGAACCAAUGAGAACAUAGACUGGACAUCACCUGUAUCUGAAUACGGAAGCCAUUCUAGAUCAAUGCAGGUAAAAAGCGAGACUCAGUUCGGAUACAGUGAUGCAGCAGCUGAUGCCUUCUUUAGAGAUGAAGAGGAAGAUGAUCGAACGUCCCACAUGAGUGUCUCCCUGAGUUAUGAGGGAGAAGAAGAUGAAUCUGAGUCAAAGAGAAGGAAACUCGAAGCUUAUCCAGCAGAAAUGAGUGGAUCAACCCGAGCCAGCCGUGAGCCAAGAGUCGUGGUGCAGACCACAAGUGACAUUGACAUCCUAGAUGAUGGUUAUCGCUGGCGCAAGUAUGGGCAAAAAGUUGUUAAAGGAAACCCGAAUCCAAGGAGUUACUAUAAAUGCACAGCUAAUGGAUGUGCCGUGACAAAGCAUGUAGAGAGAGUUUCUGAUGACUUCAAGAGCGUACUAACAACUUAUAUAGGCAAGCACACCCACGUUGUACCAGCAGCACGCAACAGCAGCCUCGUCGGUUCAGGCAGUUCAGGGACUCUCCAAGGCGGUUUAGCGACUCAGACCCGCAACCACAAUGUGCAUUAUCCAGUGCCACAUAGUAGAUCUGAGGUAGUCAGAGCCAACUCAUCUCUAUUUGACUUACCGCCACACCUGAAGCCUCCUUCAGGUUUCUCUGUUUACAUAGGCCAAUCUGAGCUAUCUGAUUUUUCAAUGCCUGGUUUAACUAUUGGGCAAGAGAAGCUUCCCAACCAGCCCACGCCUGACAUAGGUGAUCCAGCUGGCCUAAUGUUGCAGUUAAAAGCCGAGCCGAAGGUGGAACCAGUGUCACAACAGGGACUUGGAUUGUCAGCGAGCUCAUUGAUAUACAGAGAGAUAAUGAGUAGAUUACCACAGAUAUGA